GGCGCUGGCGCUGCUGCUCCUGUCUCGAUCGGUCUCUCCUCUGCUGCCGCGCGCCCGCCCCGCCGGUAGUCUCGUUGACGAUGGGUAGUAGGGGCCGCAGCAGCUACUACGGUAACCGUGGUGGCGUUGGAUUCUUCGGAUCAUCGUCGUCAGAGCGCCUCCUCCACCCGGCGGCGGCCCGGCACGACGUCUCUGCCUCCGCCGCCGUGGCCGACCACCUCGCCGACCUGGACGAGGAGGACGUCUGGUCGGCUGUCACCACCAACGACAAUAACCAGCACCACCGGGACGGCGGCGCCCUGGUGCAUCAUCGUCGCCCAGACCCAGCGUACGGCCUGUCGCUCGCGUUCGAGGCCGCGCCCGCGCGGCACUCGGCGCCGGUCAGCGUCCCCGAGUGGCCCGCCGCCACUUUGCCGGAUUAUGACGGCGGCGACCUCGAGUGGGUGCCUCCGCACGAGUACCUGCAGCGGCGGUGGUGCGGAGCAGGAGGGGCGUCGGUGCUGGAGGGCGCCGGGCGGACGCUCAAGGGCCGCGACAUCACACGCGUGCGCGACGCCGUCUGGAGCAAGACCGGAUUCUUCGGCUAGCUAGCUAGCUAAAGGCCCGGCUAGCUGUUGCUCUGCUGGUAUUCUUCUUCAGUGUAAUAUAUAUACAUAUAUCAUCUGCCUCUUCCAAUGCAAGAAUUGAAGUAGCUAGCGGCCGGCAGGGGCACUUAUUUACUAAGCAAGCAAAAUAAUUAAAAGCGAUAUGGAUGCGCAACAAGAACAAAGUUGUUAAACUUUGGUGGAUCAAUAACAAGACAAGAAGUGUUCAUUUGUGUUA